CCCUGACAGGCAAAGCGCCUAGAAGCACCACAACAGCGCACCCGAAAUGGUCCUCGUCGGUCGGUCGGCAAUCGCUGAACGUGUCCAAUACAGCAGCUGCAUCCUCUACUACAUACAUAAUGUGGAUGCCAUACAGGCUCUUAUCCUUGACGAGGAUCGGCGAACAGCUUGAGCCACGCGCGGUAGCACCUGGGGCCAGUGCAUACCAGUGCCCGCGGCCCCAAGACUGGCAUCUCGCCGGAGGCGCCCUUCCAGGCCUCAUGUUCAGCCCCUGGAGCCGCAGGUUGGCAGGAGCUUGAAGGACUGGAAGCCGGGGCUCGGCGAGCAGCUAAGGUUCAAGGUGAGCUGGGUGAGCGGUCUGCAGUCGAAUCAGGUGGGAUGGCACUUGGCCGGCAGCGCCGCCCUCAGUACAUUGCUUCCUCAGCAGCUCCGCAUCACUCGCGCCAGCUGCAGUCACCAGCAUCUUACGCAAAAGCACAUUGUCCUGGAAACACAGAAUGCUUCAGCACCAGCACUGGGACGGCCGCAGUAACCAGAACAGCAGAGCCAGUGAGUCACCGGAGGUGCCACGGAUAGCACCGCAAUAAGCAGCUGUGCAUGCCCCGGCCAUGAUUGGUUCCCCAGCACUCGGGAAAUAACGGCAGCUCAGCACGCAACCAUCAUCUGAACGCCUGUGUUAAGCACGAUCCGCAAGCGAUGCGAAAUUUAGCCACCUUACUGCGUAACGUAAGGCGAAGUGGCGGUACGGUCCUGUCACUGCAUUAGGCUGCGGACCUCUCACUCAUGCCUGGCGUCAUCAACUGGCAUUUUGCGGUGCGGACUGGUCCAACACCAUGUUCAAAUAGGUGUUCAGAACGCCAUGCGUUGGCGUCAGGGCUGCCAAGAAAUCUGCAGGGUAUCACAUCUGCAUUUCGCAGGAUGAGCAAGCGCACAACUGUCGAGCAUGUACUGCGGGCGCAUCGCCAGCACGGAACGAUAGUGCAUCUCUGUCCAGUUUUGUACGGCACGCCUUUAGGCGGGGCAGCCCUGCGAUCUGCCGCCGCAUUCUUGCUUGGGCUUUGAAACGCUGGAACUGUGCAUGCGCACCGGUGCCACGCUCGGGAUCAUGUUAACAGAAUAGCAGGAAAGGCUAUGAGGCCAUGCCUGCAAUGGGCGACGCCGCCAGCGGCUCCUGUCGGUGCAGCGAGUCCGUACCGUAUCUGGGGUUAGCGGGAGGUAGACCGUCAUUGAAUUGCAGAGAAGCGGGACGUACGCUGCACGCAGCCGCAGGAAAGCUGCUGGAGGCUGCGAUUGUAGCCUACAGGCAUGACGCACAAAACGCGUUUUAUCUCGGUUCACCAGGUCGCAAUCACCCAGAGCGCGCACAUGUCACGAUCCGGUGGGUAUAAAAUCAUCAUCAUAUGGUACAUUGCCGGCGCCCAAGGCCUUGUGCUUCAAGAGGCGCAGUAUAGGAAAGCAUGGCACACCCGCGUGCAGGACAGGGCAAUGUGAAGGAAGCGUCAGAAUGGCUCCCGGAGUCUCUGGACACAUUGACACAAUCCGUGUUAGGCCUUCACAAGCCUGUACGGAAAGGUCGGCGGAAAGCCCGACUGCAUAGCAGACUCGGACGGCUCAAAUUAACCAGCAAGACGGGGUGGCGAGCCUGAAGGUCACUGACGGCCCGCCAAGAGAGCACGCUGACACGCCAGAAAGCCAGUGGUGCUCACGGUGGCGUGCUUUAGUUGGGGCCCAAUCCUGCGGAAACGCCCCCCGUACGGCAGCAUACGCCUGACAAAUUAGGCCGGCGGUGCAGGCGGGGUCAAAUAGGGCUUGAGCCAGGCCGAUAACAUAAGGGCAGACAGUUGUGAGAACCGUUUGCUGAAAGGGAUGCGAGUCGUAGCAUCAGCAGGCACGAUGGCCCUUAGUACUGGGCUACAUCACAGGUUGGGAAGUCAUGGGCACGGGAUCUUCCUUAGUCUGCACGGCAUGCGGCAUACGACGUAAGUAGUAUGCGGUGUCCCCAACUGUUGGGACUUUCUGCGAAUAUGGCUGCGGGCAGGCAGGUACAUUCCAGGAUAGUUUCAUCAGCACAGCAUGCGAACAGUGUGAAAGCUGAGAAGUCGUCGACCCCACAGGACCGGUAUCCAGGUACACGGGCAUAUGCAUUAGCCGGAAUAGGUCAAAGUAGGUCAAAACGCGAUGCGUAUGUAAGGUGCGCCAAAGGUCCGCCCUUGCCAGUUUAGAGGUUGGGUCCAAGGGCAUGUGCGGCGAAGGACGGGCCCCAAUGGCGGCCUCGCUCGCAUGGAGUCCCUCGGCUGUCUGUGCCCCACUGCAUGGUGUGCGUUUGUCGGGCCAGUCCGGCUGGACUGGGCUGCGGUCGCAUAUAUGGGACCGAGGUGGAAACGGGAUGGCGGAAACGGGGUGGCGGAAACGGGGUCACGGAAACACUGGCCGCAGAAUUAGGGCGGCGGGGAAAGAGCAGUUGAAACGUGCCUUGCAGGGUGGCGAAAACGUGGCAGCGGAGACGGAGCGGUUGAGUGGGGCGCGCGAGCGGGGCGCAGGACCCCGCAGAAGCGGCUUCCGGCACGUGGGCUUGUCAGGGCUUUUGGCCGUAACAUGUCGAAGUGCGUGAGGUUGAAGCGGGAAACAAGGUGCGCCCGACAGGUGCGUGCCAGAGUGACCGACGUCCCCCUGCCGUGUGGAGUGGCUAGGUCCGAGGGCACGCGCAGCGGAGGGCAGCGGGGCGCGAAGCAGGCCCCAAUGGCGGGCCCGCAGGGACGCCCUGGGCUGUUGGCACCUGACUGCACCACUGCAAUGGAGUGCGUGCCGUGGACCGGCCUGCAAGGGGCUGGAACGGGCUGGACUGGCCUGCAGUCAAGUAUGGGACCGCGGAGAUGCGGUGGCAGAAACAGGCCAGCGGCACCGGGCUGGAAGAAACAGGGGCGGUGGAAGCGUGGAACUGGCUAGACAGGGAGAAUGGGGCGGCCAUGGCAGGGCAGUCAAAGUAGGGCGGCGGCAAUGGUGAGACGAAAAUGGGGCGGCGGAGCGGGGCAGCAUAGCGGGGCAGUUGCAACUGGGUGGCAAACACGGGGCAACGAAAAUGGGCGGCGGGGAUGGGGACGAGGAAAUGACAGGGAGGCGGAACCGGCGAGGUGGUGGUGCGGGGAGGCGGGGACGCGGCGGCUGAAGUGGGGUGACAGAGUUGGGGCCGGGGGGCGGGCAGUAGGAGUGGCCGUGCUGUGGCGAACAUGGAAAGC